AUGGAAGGUAUGACUUUAUCCUGUUUUAUGCUUUUGUUUUGCGAGCCUGCCGACUCUGGCUUUGAUCCUGGAACGGUUUCCUGUGUCAUGCUGAGUCCAAGUGAUGGAGUUUCCAACAAAGAAAGCGAGGGCGGAUGUAGAGGUGUACAUGUAGAGGAUAUCGAAGCUGCGCGAAAUCACCAAGGACGAAUAAUUGUUAUCAUUUUUAUACACUUUGCAUACUUAAGCAGAGAAAGACAAAGAGACACCCAACUUGUGGACAGGUUCAGCCAACUUCAAGGCAUCGAAGGAAGCACCGAGACCCAAUCUCACGCCUGGUCUCAAUUCUUGAGAGUAAGACACAGCAGUCAAACCGGAGUCAGCAAUCUUAGCCUUGACGAAGGUGGUAGCAUCCAACUUGUACUUGGUGGCAAACUCGACGUUGACAGCAGAGGACUUAACAGAAUCCCAAGUGGCCUUAGCACCAGCCUCAACCAAUGGGGAAACCUUGUGGUAGUAAGCGGCAGUGAAGACAGACAAGUUGGAGGUGGAAGUAACACCAACAGUGUACAAUGGGUUAGCGUAACCAACACCAACAGAGUACUUGUUGAGCUUGGCGGAAGCAAUGUCGUAGCCCAAUUCAGCACCUGCAGUGAAGCCAUCGUGAGCCACAGUCAAGUCAGCUGUGGCGAUUGGGCCCUUGAGCAAGUCGAAGAACAAUCUGGCGUUGACAGCAGAUUGUUGGUAGAAGAAGUUCAACUUGGCGUUCUUGGCACCGUUUGGAACCACAGAGGUGUCCAAUUCACCCUUCAAGCCUGGGGUCAACAACUCAGACAAUUCAAUCUUGGUGUUCAAGACAUUGGCGUUGUUCCAGCCCUGGGUCAAAGUCAAACCAGUAGCCUUGUCAGCGUACUUGGCGUCGACAGAAGCGGCAAUGGAGUUGUCCUUGGCAGUCUUACCCUUAACGGUGAAGGCAACACCGUUUGGUGCGGUAGACUUGACAUCAACAGCAGCAGAGGACAAGUGGAAAAAGUCCUUGUUCAACAAGUCAUUGGAAGACUUUUGGAUGUCAGAAAAUGCAAUUGGAGCCAUUGUAUGCGAUUCGAAGAAGAGUUGUUUCGGAGAAAAGCUGUGGAGGGGUAA